AUGUCUUUAAAAAUUAAUAAUUCUCAACAGCAACAAAAUAGUUUUACUUGUGUGGAAGCAUACAAUAAAAAUCUUGAUAAAGAAUUAGGAAAAGAAGAAGAGAAUUGUCAAAAUCAACAACAACAAAAAAUAAUUAACAAAAAUAAAUUAAUAUUAAAAAGUCAAUCUAUUAUUUCUCCUAGAUCUUUUAAAAAGGAAAUUCGAGGCCGUUUAGAUAUUACAAAUUAUUUGUUGGGUGGAAAUACUGCUAUUUUGUUGGAUAUUCCAGAAACUGAAUUGGGAGAGAUUUUAAUAAGAAUGAUUGGAGAAAACCCUAAACAAUUUUAUAAUACAACCGAGAAAGAUAAAUUACCAAAGGACAAAAUACAAAAAAUUUCUUCAAUUAAACAAUAUAUCUCUUUCUCAAAUAUUUCUGAAAAACUUUUUACAAAUAGUUUUAAUUUAUCAGAAAAUUGUGUAGAUACUCGAGAACAUAUAUUUAGUCCUCGAAUUUGUUUUGCUCGUUUAGAGGCUCCAACAAAUUUUGGACCUUCUCUAAAUUUUGUCAGAUUUAUUUUACUUGUUAUUGGCCCUCUACAACAAAAAGAAACAAAAUCCGCUUUUGAAAUUACUCGAACUUUUGGUACUUUAUUAGCUAAUCCAGAAUUAAGAAAUGAACUUUUAAAUGCAAAUAAUGAAUAUGAAUUUGUUUCUGCAAUUUGUGAAAAAGCUAAAAAUAUCGAAAAUGAAGAGGAAAUUGAGGAAAAAGAAUUGAAGAAAGAGACAAAAACUAAUUUAGUUGAGUCUCCAAAAUGGCACAUUGGACGUGGACUAAUUAAAGAUUUUAAACGUCGAUUACCUCAUUACAAAAAUGAUUUUCUCGAUGGAAUUGCAGAUUCUCGUUCUUUUCAAAAAACAAUUAGUUCUGCCGUUUUUCUAUUUUUUAUUGUUCUUCCAACAGCUAUUGCUUUAGGAAUGCUUAAUGAUGAAAAUACACACUCAAAAAUUAAUGUUAAAAAAGUAAUUCUUGGUCAAUGGAUUGGAGGGUUACUUUUUGGGAUAUUUGGAGGGCAACUUUUUUUGGUUAUAUUAACUAGUCCACCUAUAUCUAUUUAUAUUAAAGUAAUUGAAAGAAUCUCUCAUUCAACUAAUUUCGAUUUUUUCCAAAUUUAUUCUGGUAUUGGUUUGUGGUGCUGUUUUUAUUUACUUUUAUUUGCUUUAUUUGAAGCUGCUAAUGUUAUGAAAUAUGCUAAACGAUCAUUAGAAGAAUUAUUUAGUUUAUUUAUUGCCUGUACUUUAACUAUAGAAGCAUUUAAAGCUGCAAAAAGAAUGCUAGACAAAGCCUUUCUUCCCCAUUGUUCUGAACUUUUUAUUAAUUCAACUAAUCAUUUAUUGUCUUUAAUUCAACAUCCACCUCCACCACCUUCUCCUCAUUUAGGCAAACUUUUUUAUAAAUAA